AACGUCCUCCAAACAGCAGGUGGCGGAAUAAUAUGUUGAGUCGAUGUUUACAUUCCUCAAUGGAAGAGAGAGUGUAACGGGAAAAACAAAACACAGCAGAGGACUAAGUCCAGUGACGUGGCCGGACGACAGAGAAGAGAAACAGUGAGCAAUAGGAGGCUGGUAUGUGUUAAGAAGGUCCCACAGUGAAAGCUCCACAAGUGACCAAACAGAGAAAUCAAUGGAUCAAGAGGCAGAAGAGCUGUCAUCAGUCCCCCGAGAUGAGCCCUCCACUGAUGCACAGCGUGACAGCUCUACUGAUGUAGCACCAACCCGAAAGACGAGGAAAAGACCAGAACAUAAAUCUCCAACAGAAGAACAGAAGAUCGUAGAGACACCACUACCAGCAGAAAGUGCUUCAAAUACCUCUACAGAGACGACUGUUUCCCAGGCAGGUUGGGGUUACUGGGGCAGCUGGGGUAAAUCAAUCCUCUCCACUGCUACUGCCACUGUAGCUACUGUGGGCCAAGGGUUGACACAGGUCAUUGAAAAAGCAGAGACGUCUCUUGGAGUCCCAAGUCCUGAGGAGCUUUCAGCUCAAGUGGAGGAGGAAAAAACUGAUGGUUCAGACAGUAGUGAGACAAAUAAAGAUGAAGGGGAGAGGACGUAUGGGAUGGGUGGUGCUAUGGGAAUGAUCUCCUCCAGUAGUAUGGGAAUGCUGUCCUCUUUAACCACUGUAGUUCAGAGUACGGGUAAAACGGUAAUAAGUGGUGGUCUGGAUGCAUUGGAGUUUAUUGGGAAGAAGACCAUGGAUGUGAUAGCAGAGGGAGACCCAGGCUUUAAGAAAACCAAGGGGCUGAUGAACAGAAACUCCACAUUGUCACAGGUCUUAAGGGAAGCAAAGGAACGUGAGGAGCAGCAGAAAGCUGAAAACAUCACUUCAGAAACAGACAAAAAGGCUCAUUACGGGAUGUUGUUUGAUGAGUUUCAAGGCCUGUCCCAUCUGGAGGCUUUGGAGAUCCUCUCUAGAGAGAGUGAAGCUAAGGUGAAAUCUGUGCUGACCACUCUGUCAGGUGAGGAGUUAGAUAAACUGAGAGAGGAACUACAGGACAUUAAAGAGCUGUUUUCCCUCAUGGAGUUUGAUGAUGAGGUGGAGGAUGAAGUGAAAGUUGAUGAUGGAGAGGAUUUUGUGAAGGAACUGACAGAUUUUCUUGAAAAAUUACAGAUCUCCACAUCAGCAGACAAACUAAGCAAGGCCAGAAAAAACGCAUUCAACCAUAUCACAAACAUGAAGCUACAAAGUGAAGAGGAGAAAGAACAGGAACCGGCAGUGAAAAAAUGCAGCGUUGAGGAGGCCCAUUUGUCUGCCAUUACAAGUCUGGCUGAGUUCACGGCCAGAUCCAUAGAGCAGUUUCACAAAACAGCUGAAAUGCUGCUUCACUGUAACACUGAGGGGGCAACGGCCGCGGAACAAGCCAAAGUUUUAUCGCAAGUUACUAUUGUUAUUUGCAAGGAGGUAUCACUACUGUCCAAAAAGUUCACGUCGUGUUUGACUACCAUUGGGGCAACUGAAAAAGGAGAAGUUCUCAAUCCACUCAUUACCAGCGUUUUUCUGGAGGCAUCAAACAGUGCAUCAUACAUCCAGGAUGCAUUCCAGCUCCUCAUGCCAGUGCUUGAAGUGUCUCACAUUCAGAGGACAGUGGAGUCGGCACAGUGAGAACCAAUCAGAAACACUUUACUUGUGCCGAAAAACCAAACAUGCAACAUCAUCAUGUGAUAGAAGUAAAAUAAUGUGUGGUUUACAUUCAGGUAGACAUGGUAAUCACAUGACAUACAGAUUUAAGGUUGGUUGUUGGCUUUUUUCCUAUCUUGGUAUAUUUUUGAAUAGACUGUGUCAUAAAUCUCCCUGUAACUGACAGUGUAUAAAUGGAUACAGUAAUUUAAAUAUCUUUUAUGUCAGAAUGUAUAGGAAAAUGAAUAGAAAUCAUCUUUUUUUUUUAAAUCUUUAAGACUUACAUUGUUUUCAAAUAAUUAUGCAAGUCAUAUCAGUAUUAAUGUUCAGUUAUCUUUUAAAUAAACAAUUGUCUUCAUCUAA